AUGAAAGCAGCUAUAGGUGUUUUCGCCGUCCUGUGCUUGGGCCUUGUGGUGGCUGUUGACCAUAACAAAAAACCGAGGCACGUCCAUAUUGCAUAUGGCGAGGAUAUAUCAAAGAUGAUGAUAACAUGGAGCACCCUACAAGACACCUCCUCCUACGUUCUGUAUGUCCUGAACUCGACGAAUGUACCCAAAGCGGAGAAAGGCGUCAGCACCAAAUUCACUGAUGGUGGAGCUGAACAACGUGUCCAGUAUAUUCACAGAGUCCAGCUUAAAAAUUUAAAAGACAAUGCCACAUACUAUUACCUAGUUGGCAGUGCUGAAGGCUGGUCGGUACAGUUCAGCUUCAAGACUAUGCCAGCAGGAGAAGAUUGGAACCCUAGCCUUGCUGUGUUUGGAGACUUGGGCAGUGACAAUGCGCAGUCUUUGCCACGGUUACAGUCAGACAUCGAAGCUAACAUGUAUGACGCACUAAUUCAUGUGGGUGACCUUGCAUAUAACCUUGAUGCGAAUAAUGGAAGAGUGGGAGACACAUUUAUGCAGCAAAUACAAGUUCUGGCAGCAAAUGUCCCUUACAUGACCUGUGUUGGCAAUCAUGAAUAUGCAUACAAUUUCUCCAACUAUAAAGCCAGAUUUAGCAUGCCAAAUGACAAUGGAAAGAUGUAUUACAGCUUUAACAUGGGACCUGCUCACUUUAUUUCCAUUUCAACUGAAUAUUUGUACUUCACCAAUUAUGGAUAUGAGCAAAUAUUUAACCAGUAUGAAUGGCUGAAACAAGAUCUCAUGGAGGCCAACAAAGCUGAGAACAGACAAAAGAGACCCUGGAUUAUUGUUUUUGGUCAUCGUCCCAUGUACUGUUCCAACAAUGAUGGCGAUGACUGCACAAAAUACAGCAGCGCGGUUCGGAAGGGAAUUCCUUCACACAAUGUGUCUGGACUGGAAGAUCUGUUCUAUGAACAGGGUGUUGAUGUUGCAAUCUGGGCCCAUGAGCAUUCAUAUGAAAGACUAUGGCCCAUCUACAAUGAGCAGGUGAGAAAUGGAAGUUAUGAUCAACCUUACAAAAACCCUGGAGGCAUUGUCCACGUCAUUACUGGCUCCGCUGGUUGCAGUGAAGGUGUUGAAUAUUUUGUCAAAGAUCCACCAGCAUGGUCAGCGUUCCGCAACAGUGAAUACGGAUACAUGCGAAUGAAGUUCCUCAACAGGACUCAUUUAUACAUGGAGCAAGUGUCAGAUGAUCAGGAUGGUGAGAUCAUAGACAAGUUCACAGUUAUAAAGGAACAGUAUGAACAACACAAGAAUCCAAUGAAAUAUUACGGAGGGCUUUAA